AUGGAGAUUUCUCUCUUCCCUCUGAAAAGCAUUAGCGCCACAUGGCUGGACCCCAGCUUCACCACUUGGGCAAUGGAUAUGAUCCUUGCUUUUGUGUGUGGACUGGGGAUCUUUCUCCUCUUAUUGCCCCGCCUCCAGGGUAAUCCUUCCUUUCCACCACCAAGGAAAAAGGAAAAACUCAGGAAGCAACCGAAGGUGAAGAAAGUGCGAUACAAGUGCAGGAAGUACAGUGGCACUCCAAAAGCUUCUGGCAGUCGCCUGAAGAAUGUGAUGGAGAUUCAGAAUCUAUUACUACUUCUGCAAAGCCUCAUAGGGAAGCUCUGGGACAAGGACAGUGUUCCUCAACUGUUACAUGAAGAUGCCCCAGGUGAGGAGUUCAAGCAAGGGCUUGCUGUAGCCCAGGAACCACCUCACCAACAUUUGGAAGAUCCUUCUCCUAUCACCUUGUCCCCAUUAGCUUCUCUAACUUCUCUAACCAAACACACUCUUCCUCUGGCCUCAUCCUUAUCAAAAGAACAUGAAGACCAGUCUGACUUGAAUAGAAUCCCACUGGACAUUGUCCCACAGAGUUCCCUUCCAGGUCACUCGUACUGGGCAUCCCUGAUCACAGCCAUCUCAGGGCUAGAUUGCAUAAGCUAUUCAAUUUCGUUCCUCUCCUGGUGGUGGGCAACUGCCAAGUUCUUAUUUUUCUCUACCUGGCUACAUGGAAAAUCUAAGGAAGAACAUCUUUUCCACCAUCCAUCAGACCCCACACUCUGGGUAGACCCCUCACGUUGGCAGGUAGAGUCUGGAGGCCUCUCUUUCAUCAAUUCUGAUGUCCAGACUUUACUAGAGAUGCUGAUAACCAAAAGAGUAGAACUAAAAAUGUGGAAGGAAAAUGCUAAAAAUGGAUCCUCUUUCAAACAAAUUAAUCCAGAUUACAGUGUGUAUUCUUUGGGAAACAUUUUGAAGUCACUGGGUGGCAAGAGAGAUACCAAUGCGCAAACUUUCUGGAACAUAAAAGGGAAACCAGAGCAGCCUCGUGAUUCUCAGGAUUUCUCUUACCACAAGGCCUUGGAGGGGCCUUUAGAGCAAAAAUACAGCCAGCUGUUCUGGGGCCUGCCCUCUCUGCACAGUGAGUCCCUGGUGGCUACUGCCUGGGUCUCUAAGAGGUCUUCCACUGCACAAUAUAAAGUUGUAGCAUUCAACAAAGUCUCUGAACCUCUCUCAGUUCAAUAUCAGAAUAAAGAACCUUCACAGCAUUCCCAGGAGGAGGCCCAAUCCCAACUUUUGGCACAAAACCUGUCUGCAUCUGUGGCUCAGGAUCAGACUUCAUAUUGUCUUCCAAACCUACCAUCUUCUUCUUCAUCCCCGAUUAAGACUGGUAUAACAACUUGCACUAAAUCUAAAAAGGAGGCACAGUCUUUCAUCCCAACUGAAGAUAAACGUGUGAAAUGUCCCUCGAAGAACAGAAUGAAAUGGAAGGAGGUCUUAUUCUCUGAGAUUCAAAAGACUCAGGAAGCCUAUAACCAGCUCACUCAAAACCUUCCCCAGGGAAGCUUGGUCUCCCAAACUUCUACCAGCCAGAAGCUACAGAAGAGACCACAGCAACACAUUCAAGGGAAGUUCAUCAGUGAUAAACAACAUCUUGAUCCUCCCUGCAGAUUUCUAGCAUCUCAAGAACAGAUGCAUCCUCAGGGUAAAUUUCUGGAGAAGGGUAAGUGCCAGAAAAAGGACAAGCCUGGACCUUCCCAGGCCACCCAAUCAGCACUUGAUGGUAGAAGCAGCACAGGUAUUCAGAAGAUGGAGUCCAAGCACUCUGAAGGACUCCAUACAAUGGGCUUGGUAACAUUCAAACUAGAUUCCCUAAGCAAGGGUGUAGAGCCAGAACAGCACAAGCAGCCAGUAGAUAUAUCCCGGAGUGCAGGAAGCACCUCGGUGAAGAUUCAGAAUGACAAUAAGGAGAAUUCAGAAAGUCACUUGAGGAGGACCAGGAAGGGUCUUUCAAAAAGUGACUCACCUACAGGUCCAGAGAAGGAGAGUCUGGAAAAAAUCCUGCAAGACCAUCUGAGCAGAAAGUCAGUGCAGAUCAGUGAGGGCAUGAUCCCUGUGUGUGUGCGUGGAUCCUGGCUUGCUGCCAACUAUGUUUUUCCAAAGUCCAACAUGCACACAAAACCCAUCCCCAUCCAGCUAGCCUCCUCCAAGGAUCAGCAAUCCUAUGUAAACACCUUCCAGGAGCUUUCAUUCCUCGAUCCAGGAACUUACCUGAUGCUAGAAACAGAUAUUAUGAGGUCUCGGGUGAGACACAGAUGGAGUCCAUACCUCCAGGCUCUUGAUCCAAUUAAUUGCAACUUGGGUGAGGUCCAGACCUCACCCCUUCCACAGCCUGCUUUUUCCUCCUCAGCCUCCCAUGACUCCAGGGCCAUUUCCAUAGCCAAGGUUGCUAAUCUCCUAGAAGAACUUCCUCAGAAAGGUCUAGGAAAGAGGGUAAUAAGAAAAAUUUCAUUUCCUACUUUGCAGAGUCCCUUUCCUGCUCCCUCACCUUCAGAGGUGCAGAGGACCUGGAAAGGAGUUCCACUGGGUGGCAGUCAUAAGACCUCAGAGGCCUGCAUGCCUUCUCAGGCCCAUACCUAUAGCUUUCUGAACCAGAGUAGAGUUAUUAUGGGGACUGGAAAAGCUAGCCUGGAGCCCAGUCCAAACCUGGAUAUGGUCAGGUAUGAGACAAGGAAAAAGAGUAAAAAUGUGGCCUCAGGAGAUCCACGUCACGGAGUGACAAAGCUGGAAAUUAAACUAGGGGCCCAAUCUGAAAAGACUAAGGAGACAGAGGUGGAGGAGGAGAAAUCCCCUGAAUGGGAAGUGACAGUGGGAACCUCUAUGAUGGCAAACUCCCAAACCAUCAAUGUGAAUCUGAGGAGUUUAGCAUCUCUGGGAAACAGGAAAAGUCCCUCCCCUUCCAAAAUUUCUAUUUUCCAGGAUCCAGGAGAGCCAAACCUGCAAGCAAAGGUAGGUAGUGGUGUUCAGCUCAAAGUAGAGUUUGAGUCAGAGAAGCAGCCCCAAGACCAGGUCACUGGAGUCCUGCAAGACUGCCACACUGAUGAGCUCUCCAUCACAGAUAUCUUGCCUUCUCAAGCCUCUCUGUCCAACUCCCAAAGCAUGUCCUGGAUUAACAAGUCAAUUUCCCAAGGUCUAUGUGAUGUCUUAAUGAAGGGAGGGAACAGCCAGGGGCAGAAGGAACCCAAAGCCACAAAUGUUGAAGUUCCAGGAAGGGAUGAGAAUGAAAUGCUUUGUUUAAAUGAUAAGAGAGAAGGCUUUGGGAGGCCCAGACCAGGACAGGAAAAACAAAUUUCCCAAGACCGUGAAUUGAGCCCUCUUGCCAAGGUUAAGGAAAUAGACACUCUUUCAAGCAAGUCCUUCACUUGCCUUCCAGAGAAGGAUCAGUCUCUUUCAGGAAGUUAUGUCAAGAAAAAAAUGAAAGACUUUCUACAGUCUUUUAACAUUUAUAAAAAAGGCAAAGGGAAGGAUGAUUCCCUGAAUAAAGUCAAGCUCCCAACAGGUACUGCCCAGACCCAGAGAUCAGUCACAAGUCAACUAUCCAAAGAAAAUGGGGUAGUUGAACCCCAGGCACUCAUGAAUGUUGUUGGACAGAUUUUGAUGGAUAAGUUAGGACUUCAACAUAGAAGUGGUCCAACAGAGUUAAAUGGACAUAAAGAAGAACUCCAGACUCUUGUGAGUAGGCAGUUCUGUGACCACAAAGGGUCUUCCUACUCAGAGCAAAGGCAAAUGAUUAGAGAUAUUGCCUCUGGUCACCAAGCCAGCUCCAAGAGCCAAAGCAUUCUUAAGAACAAGUGGAUUACAGAUAAGGAUAGCAAUUGGACCAGGAAGCCUAGGAAUCCUGAGCCCCCAGUCACUCCCAUCCAGCAUAGGCCAAUUGGGCUCUUCCGCGUCCACUCGCCUCCUUGGGCCCUCAAAGCCCCUGCCGGCCUCGGCGGCAUUCUGGAGGCCGCCAUUCUCACCAAGCUAGCAUACGCCACCCCCGCCCCCACCCCCAACGAUACCAUGCGCUCAGUUGCACGGGCUGGGACUCACAGAAUUGGAUCAGGAGACUUGGCAGCCCGUGGUGUCCAGGGUCCAACAGUCGCCACCGCCUUCAGGUCAUCCAGUUAG